AUGGGUGUCAAGGACUUGGUCAGCCGUGCCAAGAGCACCGAGAUCGAGAGGACCCACCACACUUCAAACAAGGAGGAGACGCACCAGUCCGACAUUCCAGGUCAAGGUGUCCCCGGUCUCGCUCCCGUUCCCGCUCUCUAUGAGGCGCCCGUUCGCACCGACAUCUCGCUCGAAGAGUACAUGUUCUACGCUCAGAUCCAGCGCGAACAGGAAAAGCUCUACGGUGCUGCCGGUGUGGCCAUCGAGGCCGACGCUCCUCACGGGGCUGGCUAUCUCCACGAUGCCAACAACGAGAAGAAGUCGCACAGCUCCUCCGAGGAGAUCAGCCAGCAGCACACCGCCGUCGGUGUCAACAAGCCCCACGUCAACAACACCGAUGCUUCCACUUUCGACCAGCUCGAUGGUCUUUCCGAGAUGGACAAGGAGAGGAGCAACGCCCACCGCGCGCUCAAGACCGCCACCUGGGUCGGCAUCUUCUACCUCAUCACCACCGACAUUCUCGGUCCCUACGGUGCUCCCUACGCCAUGUCGCAGAACGGCUGGGUCACGGGUAACGUCAUGUACAUCGUCAUGGGUUUCUGUGCCUGGUGGUGCGGUAUUAUGCUCUGGAAGCUUUUCAUGAACCUCGACUCGGCUCGCUACCCCGUCAAGACCUACGGCGAUCUCGGCGAGCGUGUCGUCGGCUGGCCCAUUCGAUAUCUCUUCAACGCUCUCCAGACGCUCCAGCUCAUCAUCAACGUCGGUUUGAUCUGCCUCACUAACGGCCAAGCGCUCAGCCAGGUCAUCAGCGGCGCUCCCGGCAAUGCCAACCUCUGCUUCUCGGUCUGCGUCGUCAUCUUCUCCCUCAUCGGCAUGGCUUUCGCCCAGGUUCAGACCUUCCGUGGUCUCGGUUUCGCAGCCUCCACCGCCGUCUACCAGAACAUUGCCAUCGUCAUCAUCUCGAUGGCUGCCAUCAUCAAGUACGGCCCUUACAUCGCCGGUGCUCAGGCCUCCUACGGUACCGACUACCCGUACAACAACCAGCCCGUUAUGACCGCCAACUUCGUCUCGUACCCCAUCAGCCAGAAGGUCAACGGCAUCAUGAACAUGGUCUUCGCCUACGGUGGCGCCAUGAUCUUCCCCGAGCUGAUGUCGGAGAUGCGACGACCCAUGGAUUUCUGGAAGGGUAUGAUCUCGGCCCAGGCCCUGAUCUGCACGGUCUACCUCGUCUACGCCAACGUCGUCUACGCCUUCCAGGGUCAGUACGUCCUCGGCCAGUCGUACAACGGUAUUGCCAAGUACUCGUUCCAGACCGUCUGCAACAUGCUCGCCAUCCUCUCCGGUACCAUCGCCGCGGCUCUCUACGGCAACGUCGGUCUCAAGGUCGUCUACGUCAACACGGUCGAGGCGCUCUUCAAGGGUCCCGCGCUCAACUCGCGCAAAGGACGAGUGAUCUGGGCAUCGAUCAGUGUCGUCUACUGGGCAUUGGCCUUCGUCAUCGCCUCGUCGAUCCCACAGGUGCAGACCAUCUCGGGUCUGAUUGCCGCCAUUGCCAUCAUGAACUUCUCCUACUCGUUCCCCUUCAUGCUGGCUCUCAUCUUCUACAUCAAGCGCGAUGCCAUGGUUGGCGACACUGCUUACGCGCCUGGCGUUCCGGCACAGAGGCAGGACACCUGGUCGCAGUGGUCGCGAUGGCAGCGUGGCCUCUUUGGCGGUCACUACGAGGUUGCCGGUGUCAGCAUCCCGCCUAUCGUCGUCAAGACGGUUCUGCUCAUUGUCUGCCUCGGCUCGUACACUCUGUCCGGGCUUGGAAUGUACGGCUCGGGUGAGUCGAUCAAGGCGGUCUUUGACUCGACCGCUGCUGCCACUUCCUUUGGCUGCGCUGCUCCGGUGUAG